UUUGCCGCAAGACAUUCACCACCAAGUUUCCUUUGGAGAUAGUUCGCGUGGCUCGUUCUCGUUCUUCCACCGGCCAAUCAGCUGCCGCGCAUUGCCUCGUGUUUGGACUCCGCGUCGCGAAUAGCUACCUAUCAACUCACCAGAAUGCAGGGUCCCGGUACAUAUCGACCUUGAUAUUGCGCAAUCAACAACGGCUCCCUUUGCUUGUUCCACGUCUUCGCAACCAACGCUGUGAAAUAGCGAGUUCUCUGGGCGCGGCUGCCCUUUAAGCGGCACUCCUCCCACAAGCAACCUUGGAAGCAUACCAUCUGCCAGCCAUGAAGUUUGGGCACAAUCUGUCCCGGAAUCAGGUUCCCGAGUGGGCUUCCUCCUACAUCAACUACAAAGGCCUAAAGAAGCUCAUCAAGACCGCCGUCGAAUCCGUCAAGAGUGGCGAAGACCCUGAUCUUGCAGAGUUCUUCUUCUCCCUCGACCGCAAUCUGGAAGAUGUUGAUGGUUUUUAUAACAAGAAAUAUGCCGAAUACAAUCGGCGUCUCAAACUCCUCGAAAGGCGUUAUGGUCGUGCUGCUCAAUUGCCCGAGGGCAUUGAUCGGGAUGAGAAAGAAGAUCUAAUAGGUGCGCUACUUGAGUUGCGCAGCGCGCUGCGUAACCUUCAGUGGUAUGGCGAAGUCAAUCGACGAGGCUUUAUCAAGAUCACAAAAAAGCUGGAUAAGAAGAUUGCAGGCGUGACAACACAGCAGCGAUACUUACAAUCAAAGGUGUAUCCCAAAGCUUUUGCGCACAACAUCCCCUUGGGCAAGAAUCUGAAGGAUAUCAACGAUUGGCUAUCCGGAUUAAAUGAAGUGAAAACUUUCGACGACACCGGCUCCUCACAUUCAGCAGCUUCCCUUGGCAGGAUUCCGGGAGCUUCUUUGAACCUUCCUUCGAGCUUAUUGGAUAGUGUUGACCAGGCUAUUCGAACUGAUGAUGCAGAGAACCUCUCUCGCAUAACAUCAGAUAUCUCGACGAGAUAUGACCUCGCUGCCAUUUCCACCUCUGUUCAGCAGACAUUGCUGAACUUCCUUCAGCGUGCGAUUUCAUGUCGCGCGAAGCUUUGCAUGGUUGCGUUACUGUCUCGUCUUACUUCUCUGGAAGAAGAAGACGAUAUCAACAAGCGCAAUUGCAUCCAUCGUCUCGUCAUUACCAUUGGGCGUGCAAGGACCGGCGAGACUCAGGGCUCUGACGGUCAAGUUCUACCAGCAUCCACGGAACCAAACUUCAUUACCCCAGCUGCUGCUCCAAACAGGCUGCCUCUGCUAGGUAGUACAACGGAAAACGAGUCCAACGGACUUCUGAGUGACGCGGAUGAAACCGUGCAGCUGCUCGACUAUCUGCUCCACAACGUUCAACCGGCGCAGCGAGUUUCUCUGCGAUCACGGGAUACGUAUGGACGCCUACCGCUCCAUUACGCUGCUCAAUAUGGGUUCGUGGCAGUCUUACAGACUAUCGUCAAACAUAUGCAAGCAUGGAACCAGUUCGACAUCACCAGAGGCAUUGAUUCUCCAGCUUGGCAAGACACCGAAGGCUACGCACCCAUCCACCUUGCUGUCAUCGGCGGCCAUCCACUAGCGACUCAGACCUUGCUAGAAGCUGGCAUCGCCGCAACUUCUGCAAACACCGUGAUACCCAACUCAGGCGCAGUAUUAGCUGUGGCCACGCAGUCAAAUUUUGUAAGGAUUGUCAAACUUUUGGUGGACGCGGGAGUCGAUGUCAACUUUCGGAGCGAGCAAGGCGAAACCGCGUUACAUGUUGCCUCGCGUUUCGGCCACGAAGAAAGCGCCAAAGCACUUCUUGCAGGUUCCGCGCUGCACAAGGCGGAGGUUGACAUUCCCGAGAAAACCUUCGGUUGGACACCACUUUUCAUCGCCUGUGUAGACGGCCAUGCCUCUAUGGUACGGCUUCUCAUCGAACACGGCGCGGACCUUGACCGCGCAGACAGUGACGGGUGGACGGCUCGUGAGCAUGCAGCUCUUCGUGGGCACAUGGACAUUAUCAAGGUCCUGGAGGAAAUCGCACCUGCAAAACCAGGAGUUGCGGAAAGCCUAGCCCCGCCAACACAGGUGUCUUCUCUUGAAGAACGCAGAUCGAAGAACUUGAGCAGGGAAGGCUCUUAUCAGCAAAAGUCCGUUGAGUCGUUGAAGUCCUUCGGCCAUCGAUAUCUCACAGAUCAGACCAUGGUUCUAGUCAGCUUAGGUUCGAUGGACCCUCGCAAAGAUGUUCCAGCGGUCAAGCUGGACGAUAUACCAUUUUCGGACGCGCAUGCUACACAAUUGGACACAGCUCUUUCGGUCGUUGUGUCAUCCUCAGGCGCGGAAGGCGAACCUACUGUUGUUGACCUCCCUGUCCAGGAGAACAUCAGUACAGAGCCAAUUACCUUCAAGACAAAGGACAUCUCGAAGGUCAAGAUUCUUUUCGAUAUCGUGCCAACCUAUGCUGGCUCGAAUGACCGCAUUGUCGGACGCGGAGUUGCCCUCCUUUCCACGUUCAAGACCAUUCUUGGCUCGAAGCGAAUUCCUUUGCAGGGUGAUCUCAGCGUCCCUAUCGUUGCCGCGAGCACCAUGGACGUCAUUGGAUCGGUUAACUUCAACUUUAUCAUCAUCACGCCCUUCUCUCAUCCGAAUCUAUCCAUCACAGAGCAGCAUACGUAUUGGAAGACGGUGGAAUCCACUAUGGUGAUCGGGCAUAGAGGCCUCGGAAAGAACACCAACACUCGUGACUCUCUCCAACUUGGGGAGAACACUAUCUCCUCUUUCAUCGCGGCAGCCAAUCUAGGCGCGGAAUACGUCGAGUUCGAUGUCCAGCUAACGAAAGAUCACGUCCCCGUCAUUUACCACGAUUUCCUUGUCAGUGAGACUGGGAUUGACGCACCGGUUCACACCUUGACCUACGAUCAAUUCAUGCAUCUGGGUAGGCGCCAAGCGCCACAGCAAUCUAAAUCCGGUUCCCCAGAACACGGACGCAGUAUGAAUGAUACCACAGACAACGGGGCUGCUCCUUUGCCACGGAGAUUGCGCUCAUACUCGGUGGAUCACGGACAGCAGAUGAAGAUGCAUGCCUAUCACGAAGCGCAGCACGUUGAACGAAUCAAGCACACGCGCGACUUCAAAGACAAGGGCUUCAAGGGAAACAGCAGAGGUCACUCCAUCCACGAACCCUUCACAACGCUGGAAGAAAUGUUCGCAAAACUGCCGGAAAGCACCGGCUUCAAUAUCGAGAUGAAGUACCCCAUGCUCUACGAAUCCGAGAUGGAAGAAAUGGACUCCUACGCUGUCGAGCUCAACUCCUUUGUCGACACGGUGUUGCGAAUGGUGUACGACAAGAUGGGCAGUCGCAAUAUCAUCUUCUCAUCUUUCAACCCCGACAUCUGCCUCAUGCUGUCGUUCAAACAGCCUUCCAUCCCGGUUCUGUUCCUCACCGAUGCCGGCACUAGUCCGGUCGGUGAUGUCCGCGCGGGAAGCUUGCAGGAGGCUAUUCGGUUCGCCAGUCGAUGGAAUCUUCUUGGUGUCGUGAGCGCGGCGGAACCCCUCGUUGCUUGUCCACGUUUAAUCCGGGUGGUGAAGGAGAGCAGUCUAGUCUGCGUCAGCUAUGGCACAAAGAAUAACGACCCCAAGAACGUGCAGAUCCAGAAACAAGAAGGCAUCGAUGCUGUCAUCGUCGAUCUCGUUCUCAAAGUGCGAAAGGGUCUCACCGCCCCUGCUGAAGGGGAUGUGUCUGUCAAUGGGUCUGCGACGAGCGGGAAACUGACUGCAUCGACGGAUCCUUCGGUGCUUGCUGAUAGCGGUGUGAGUACGACGGCUUCUUCGGAUGGUGGGACAGAUGCGGCACAAGCUAUGCCAAAUACUUCAUAGGCGCACGCCGUUUCUGGCGCAUGAUCAACUCAUGACCAGGCGUUUCGUUUGUUUGAACAGGCCUCUAGCACGUAUAUGCUUUCAAAUCAUUAAGUGCCCACACACUUGAGGGCAGGGCUAUGAAUGUCAUGAAGUUCGCACUAUGCGUUCUCGAGUUUCGGAAACAAGACAGUAUCCUUCACUCUGCACGAGAUCGAGCCAGAUCUUGCAGCGGGCAUAAGCACCAGAUCGCCUAGCCUGGGG